CCCUGGAGUUUGGAGACUGCUUCACUGACGGAUUUCCUGUCUUUCAUCACUCCAUUACAGUCUUGCCAGAUGGCAAAACCUUCUCCCUACUGUAUUUCUGGGUAAAAGGUUCCAGGUUCUCACAGGACACACCUGCAUCAACCAGUGGACCAGAUAUUGAGAGGGGGGAAAAAAAAGACAACUAGAGACUCACAAGGAAGAGAUCUCAUUCCCCCAGGGUUCUGACCAAUUUAUCAGGGACUUUCUUAUGACUCUAGCACCUUUCAGAGGAGGUCUGGCACCUCAUUUCCUUCACAAGGCGAGUAUGGAUGGAGGAACUUCCUUUGCAACCUUGCUCCUGGCUCUGCAGUUGGUUCUAUUGCCUGCCAUGACCAGUGAAAAGGAGCUGAUUCUGGGUGAGGCUGGGGAUCAGGUCAAAUUGCCUUGCAAGGCUUCAAAGAAAGAAAAUAUGGACUUUACUUGGAAACAACCGGACCAACUUGUUAUUCUCAGGGGCUUCAGAAGAAGUUCACCACCAAGGGUUAUAGGAAACACAAAAAUGAAAGAUAGAGUGGAUUCCUCAUCAAAUGAAUGGGACUCGGGCAACUUUUCUCUGAUCAUCAAGAAGCUGGAGAUAGCAGACUCUGGGACCUAUUUCUGUGAGGUAGAGAACAGGAAGCAGGAAGUCCAACUUUGGGUGUUCAAGUUGACGGCCAACCCAAGUGAUUAUAUAUUUUCUGGAAAGAACAUGACUUUAACAUUACAUAGCUCCUCCAACCUUCCUGGAUUCAAGGUGGAAUGGAAUGGUCCAGGAGAUAAAAGUAAAAGGAUCCUGAGUCGAGACAAGAAAACUUUGAACUUAAUCCACGUGGAGCCUAAAGAAGGAGGUAUUUGGUACUGUGCUAUCUCUGUGAAUGGCAAAACCCUGAAAUUGAGCAUCAGAGUCACAGUAUUUGGUUUCACAAAACCAUCCCAGACCAAAUAUGGGAUGACAGGCAAAACUGUCCAAUUCUCCUUCCCUCUGAAUUUAAAUGAGCAGGAGCUGAAUAAGGAAGAUCCAAAAGGAGAAUUCACAUGGCAGGUGGAAGAUGUUGCCUCUCCCCAACAGCCAGCCAAGUAUUCAUGGAAGGAUAAUAAUUUGAUACCUGGAAGUGGGAUUCCAAAUUUCAAAGUGGAGAAGUCUAAUUUUCCAAUCACAUUCACUCUUUCCCCUGUCUUGCCCCAGCAUGCUGGCUCAGGAAUCUUCCUACUAAAAUUUUCUUCGGGAGACCUGAAACAGAAGGUCAACCUUGUGGUAAUGAGAGCUAUAUCCCAGGAAUCACCACAUAAGAAACUGUGCUGUGAUGUGCUGGGCCCCAUAAUCCCUGGGCUGAACCUGAGAUGGGUGCUAGAAAACCGGACAGAAAUAAACCUGAAUGUUUCAGAGAAGCAAAGGGAGCUGCAGGUGGACAAACCAAAAUCUGGGACAUGGGAAUGCCAAUUGUUCCUCCAAGAUAAGAAACAACUUAAUUCAGAUUCCUUCAAAUUGACAGCAAAGCAGGAGUGGUAUCUCCCCUUUUAUCUGGGCACUGGACUGGGUGCAGGAGCAAGCCUGCUGCUUCUCUUUGGGCUCUCUACCUUCUGUUAUGUCAGACGAAGACACAGGCUGCGCCGAGCAGAGCGGAUGUCUCAGAUCAGGAGACUUCUGAGUGAGAAAAAGACCUGCCAGUGUCCCCAUCAUUUUUAGAAAAACUGUAGCCUGAACAGUUGAAUAUGGAAGGUUUGUCUGAUUUGUGAAAAUCCUCCAUCCCUGCCUCAGCCUACUGGGAAGAGCAGGGAAGGUGAAUGUAGGAGGACUGAGACAUUUUGGCUCCCUUGUCCUUCCUAACCUGCCUCCUUAUAAUAAUCGUGGACAUUGUCAAUAGGAUGUGCUCCUUAUUCUACUGUGCCAUGAUGCAUCCACAACCUGAUCUGCAAGUACUCUUUCUUUCCUCCGCGAGCCCUCUAAAAGACUCUGCAGGUCAUUUCAUCUUGCCUUUGGGCAGGGGGCAGGAUGGCACUUCAUUCAAUCCAGAAACUGAGAACAGGAUGUCUCUGGUUUGUAUUUUUCAGCUUUAUACCCUGCAGUCAGAAAUGUUCUUAGUCUACACUUACUCUCUCCUGCCACUAUGCCUUGCUCUAUCUAGUAGCCAAAACAAACUUGUGGGUGUGUAAUUAGGUGUCUCUAUCUUCAUCUCACCCUAUCCAAGCCUAGUAAAUAUUCAUCUUUCUGGUAAGCUCCUUGACAAAAAGGAUUGUCAAUUGCCUCUUUUUUGUAUCCCCAGCACUUAGCAUGUACCUAACAGGCAUUCAAUAAAUGUUUUUGAUUUAUUUGA